UGGGGAAACUGGGUAACUUUCCCAAAGUCACGGAGCUCCUAAGUAGCCUAGUCUGGAUUCGAACCUGGGGCGCUGACCGAGGCCGUCCUGUCGGGUUGUUGUGAGGUCUCACAUGACUGACUCCCAGCAAGGGCCCCCACUGGAUGCAGGGGGCUGUGAAAGGAGGGGGGCCCUCCAGGGAAAGAGGAAGGUGGCCUCGGGCUGGUUUCCACACUGUCCUUGUGUGUCCGGAGCGGGAGCAUGGAGCGGGGGCGGAGCCCAAGGCCACGUUCACCGCCGCCGGGCUCACAGCCGCGCCCGAGCAACUGCCCCGACGGCUCUUCGCCGUCUGCGGCCUCAUCCUGCUGGCGGGGCUGCGGGCCAACGGGCUGAUGCUGCUGCUGGCGGCCCCGAGCUCAGGCGCCUCCCGGCCACUCCGCGCCCUGACCACCAGCCUCAUGGUGAACAUCGCGCUGUCCGACCUGCUCUUCCUGGCCUGCGUGGUACCCGUGCUGCCGCUGAGCUUCCUGCGGCCCGACUGGUGGCUGGGCCCUGUCAUCUGCAUCACCAGCCGGGCCACCAACAGCGCCACCACCCACCCAGGCGCCCUGUUCUGCACCUUCUACAGCAUGGUGGCCAUGGCUUUUCUGCGCCACGUGGCGGUGGCCCCUGAUGUGGCCCUCCCGGCUGGCCGGGGCGCCUGCCUGCUGCUCUGUGGGGCCAUGUGGGUCCUGGGCCUCGCCGUGUCGUUGCCCACCUGGCUGUUCCAAAGUGUGGUGGUGCAGGAAGGGGCAGCUGGAUCGGGGCCUGCGUCCGAGCCCUGCCCAGACCUCCUGCUACUUACCCCUGCUGGGAGCCUGGCCUUCCUGCCUUGUAUGUGCCGGCUGGGCUGCUCUUUCAGCCACGUGGGCUGGCUCAUGUGGACACAGCCUCGUGGCCCCAGAGGGGAGAGCAUCCAGGAGCACCAGGAGAACACAGGGCUCAUCCUUGUGGUGCUGGUGGUCUUUGUGCUGAUGUGGGGGCCCUGCUCCAUGCUGGGCUAUGUGGCAGCCGUGGGUGGCCUCCCUGCCAUGCUGGUGGCUUUCGUGGCAUCCAGCCUCUGUACCAUCCUGUCCUACUCCAAUUGUGCCAUCAGCCCCAACCUCUGCUUCUACCUCUCCCGCCACUUCCAGGCGGGGCUCAGGGAUCUCUUCCGAAGGCCAGUGGCAGCCAGGCACACUGCGGGUGUGGCCGGGGCAUCCAGCCCCUCCAGGAAAGGGCCCCAGGAGGCCUGCGGGGUCUGGCGGGGAUCUGAGAAGAUAGGCUGA